AUGCAUACAAUUCUCACCGGCGCAACGGGCAUGGUCGGCUCCGCCGCCCUCGCCACUAUGCUUGCCAACCCCGCCAUCACCAGGAUCACUAUUUUAUCUCGCCGGGCCGUACCCCAAGCUAUUGCAGCCGCCGACCCCCGCGUCUCGGUCAUCCUGCACGAUAAUUUCGCCUCGUACGACGCCGAUUUGCGCAACCGCGUCAAAGACGCGCACGGAUGCGUAUGGGCCAUGGGCGUCAGCACCACCCAGGUCAGCGACCCGGUCGAGUACGAACGCAUCACCAAAACGUUCCCCCUCGCGGCGGCCAAGACUUUUGGCGAAAUGGCGCUCGAGCAAGGGCGACCUUUUAAUUUUGUCUACGUGUCGGCAUCGGGCGUUGACGCGGAAGAGCCGGCAAAGUCCCCCAGGAUGUGGGCACGCGUCAAAGGCGAGACCGAGCGCGGGCUUGCGAUUUUGGCCGAUGAGAACCCGCUAAUGCACACGCGUUCUUUUCGAACUGCGUUUGUCGAUCCCGCGGAGCACGAGCAGAUAAAGCCAUAUCUCCCACAAAGACAGCCAAUUAUGAGGGUGGCGGAAAAGGUGCUUAUACCGGCGUUGAGGGUUUUUUGGAAAAGCGGUUGGGGCCCGUCGGAGCCCCUAGGGAAUUUCCUAACAAACUUGGCUGUUGAUAAAUAUUCCCAGGAGGAGCUCGUUGCUGCUGGGGCUAAAAAGAUUGGGGACGGUGACUUUAUUGCAAUUGAAAACCCUACCUUCCAGAAGUUGGCUGGAGUUAAGCCCUAG